AUGACCCGCACCCUCCGCUUGAGCUCCAUCCUCCUCCUCCUCCUCUCCCUCCUCCUCCUGUCCCUCUCCGGUCCUGCUGCUGCCGAACCUUCGCGGACCACGUCCCCUCAGCGCAGGGCAGCUCGCGCACCGGCCGCCAAGGUGCGUUUGGCCGGCAACUUUGCGCGAGAACCGCACGAAGGGCGCGUGGAGGUGCUGCACAACAACACCUGGGGGACCGUCUGCGAUGACGAAGUGGACAUCAAGAUGGCCAACGUGGUGUGCCGGGAGCUGGGUUUCCAGAGUAGCAUGACGUGGGCACACAGCGCCAAGUAUGGAGAAGGAGCAGGCCCGAUAUGGAUGGAUAAUGUACGCUGUGACGGGACAGAGAAGUCCUUGAAAGAAUGCAAACACAACGGUUGGGGGGUGAAUGACUGUAAACACUCUGAAGACUUGGGGGUGGUGUGCAGCCCGGCGCGCAGGCUGGACCAGACAGCCGGUAGAGGCCACAUCCCCGCCAUCACAAGGCCUAAUGGCAGCCCCGCACCUCAGUGGCAGGGUCCUGUGGUCACCCGCAGGCAUCCAGGAUAUGGCUAUUAUGGAAACGGACAUCAACAGGAGAUCCCCAGGUUCCAAAGACACCACCAGGGUAACAGUAAGGUGCAAAUCGAGGAGGUCCGUCUUCGUCCCAUCCUCAUGGCUACCAAGAGGAAGAGCCUUAUCACAGAGGGUGCGGUGGAAGUGAAGCAUGCAGGGAGAUGGAGGCAGGUUUGCGACAUGGGUUGGAGUCUCAACAGCAGCCGAGUUGUGUGUGGGAUGCUUGGCUUUCCAGAGGCGACUCAGCACAAUGUCAAAACAUAUAAGAAAAUAUGGGAUACCAAGGUUGCAGAUCCUACAACAAGAUUGAGCAUCAUGUCAAAGAAAAAGGGAUUCUGGGUAGAAAAGGUUCACUGUCUGGGCACUGAGAACAGCCUGUCAGAGUGCCUUGGUCAGCUGUCAAUUCCCCGUAGUCCCAGUCCUUGUAAGAACGGGAGACAUGCAGUUGUGAAGUGUGUGCCAGGACCUCAGUUUGCUCGCAUCUCCUCAGGAAGACCCCAGGCCCCCUAUCCAGUUGUGCCCGUGCGUCUGAAGGCCGGCCCCAGACUGGGAGAAGGUCGCGUGGAGGUGCUCCGAGACGGAAAGUGGGGGACCAUCGUGGACCACAUGUGGGACAGACCCGCAGCCAGUGUGGUGUGCAGAGAACUGGGCUUUGGUACCGCAAAAGAUGCCCUGCAAGGAGCCUUUAUGGGUCAAGGUACAGGACCUAUCCAUAUGAACAGUGUCCAGUGUAUGGGGUCAGAGCGCUCCAUCCUAGACUGCUACUUCCGGGAAGUCCAACCGUGGACAUUCAAACACAGCCAGGACGCCUCAGUGCGCUGUUACGUCCCUAACACAGGAAUAGAGAACUUGGUGCGACUUGUUGGCGGUAGAGUCCCAUCAGAAGGCCGUGUGGAGGUGUUGAUGGAGGUUGGGGGUCGUAAGCGUUGGGGCUCUGUCUGCAGUGAGAACUGGGGCAUCAACGAGGCCAUGGUGUUGUGCAGACAGCUCGGCCUGGGCUUUGCUGCCAGUGCUCAUCAGGAGACCUGGUACUGGCCAGGUAACUCAAAUGCAAGUGAUGUGAUUCUCAGUGGAACUCACUGUGUGGGCACAGAGCUUUCUAUUCAACAGUGCCGCCGCAACAACCACGUCCACUGUCCUCGCGGAGGUGGAACUAAGGCCGCUGGGGUCACCUGUUCAGACACGGCACCUGACCUCGUUCUGGACGCCCAGCUGGUCCAGGAGACAGCCUACCUGGAGGACCGACCCCUUCACCUGCUGACCUGUGCCAAUGAGGAGAACUGUCUGUCCUCGUCUGCUGCCAGGAUGAACUGGCCUUAUGGCCACCGACGCCUUCUGCGCUUCUCCUCCCGAAUUAUGAACCUGGGUCGCUCCGAUUUCAGACCCAAAUCAACAAGAGAGAGCUGGACAUGGCACCAGUGUCACAGGCACUACCACAGUAUCGAGGUGUUCACGCAUUACGACCUGCUGACUCUGAAUGGCACGAGGGUUGCAGAAGGACACAAGGCCAGUUUCUGUCUGGAGGACACUUAUUGCCCUGAAGGACUCCAGAAGCGGUUCUCCUGCUAUAAUAUGGGUGAUCAGGGUAUCUCUGUGGGAUGCUGGGAUACGUAUCGCCACGAUAUCGACUGUCAGUGGAUCGACGUAACGGAUGUACGGCCAGGAGAUUACAUCUUCCAGGUGGAAGUCAACCCCUCGAUGGACAUGGCUGAGUCUGACUUCAUGAACAAUGUCAUGAGAUGUCGGUGCAAAUAUGAUGGCCACAGAGCUUACAUGUAUGGAUGUCAUGCAGGUGAUGCAUACAGUGCAGAGAUUGAGGACCUGUUUGAGCACCAGAGGCAAAUCACCAACAACUUUGUGUAG